GUGUGAGCCGACAGGUGUUAUGAAAUGAGCAGCAGGCCGGCGUCAGGUCGGAGCUCCGCGGGAGGCGCGUGGACUUUAUUUUUUAACAUGUUUUAGAGGAAAACAGUGACGUUUUAAAUAUGCACGCUCAGAUCUUGUGUAGCGGCACCGCAGCGGCCGUCGCUGCCCGAAGAAUGCGCCACAUUUUGGGCUCCGUGGUGGGAAGAGACGGCCGGAGGUGGAGAGCUCGUGAGGUCAAACUCCUCAACACAUCCUCAGGUGACACAGUGAAGAUCGGAGAGAUCUCGUACAAACUCAAAACACCCCAGAAUCCAGAGCUCGUUCCCGUCAAACACAUUUCAGACUCCCUCCCGCAGACAGUGGCUCAGCACCUAAGAUGGAUUAUGCAGAAAGACCUUUUGGGACAGGACGUGUUUCUCAUUGGGCCCCCAGGACCCCUGAGACGGUCCAUAGCGAUGCAGUACCUGCGGGGACAUCUGGACACCAGUGAUGAAGACCCGAUGGAAAGCUGA